AUGCAUAUGAGCAGGGCACAGGGCACCCUACUGCUGGCUGGCCUCAUAACUUACUCGGUGAUGGGUGCCUUCGUCUUUGAGCUUCUGGAGAAUGAUAACUACAAAAGACAAGAAGAAAAAAUUUAUCGCCUUAAAGAAGAUUUUUUUUUGAACUACACCUCUCUCAGCCCUGAAGAGGUGGAGGUAUUCAUAGAGGAAGUGGUAAGAUAUGUUCGGAUGGGAAUAGCUCCAGAAGGAACCCACAAUCCUGAAAAACAGAGCAGCUGGGAUUUCACUAAUUCUUUCUUCUUCGUGGGCACUGUGUUAGCCACAGUAGGCUAUGGAAACCUCUGUCCCCAGACGAAAGAAGGUCAGCUCUUUUGUGUUAUUUAUGCUCUCUUUGGAAUCCCCUUCAACCUUAUCUGCUUGAACUAUAUUGGCUUUUUAAUCUCAGGACUCUUCGAAAGCUGUGCUGAGAAAGCGUUUGGGAAAGAAAACAAGAAAACAGCAAAAUACAUUUUCUUGUUCGUGGCUAUGGGAGUUAUAAUGUUUCUUGUUUUGCCAGCAUUCCUCUUUCAACAUGCGGAGGGCUGGAGUUAUCAUGAAGCUAUCUAUUUUACAUUUAUUACACUCAGCACCAUUGGUUUUGGAGACUAUCUAGUAGGGAGGAACCCUAACAGGGGUUAUUUUAAGGGAUACCGGAUGCUCACAGCCUUUUUUAUGGUCCUUGGUCUGGCCUGGAUAGCUGUGCUGUUUGAACUGGUAUCAUCAUUACUGGCACCUGAGGAGCCACAAGCAAGCUCAGGAAAAGACAAUAGACAGCAAAAAUAA